AUGUUGUAUGAUUUAGACAGUAUUAGAUCUAACAGUAACUUGAACGAAGAUAGAACCAGAGAUUAUAAAGUAACAAAAAGACUAAGGAGCAAAACAGAUACUACUUUUAUUUUUGAAAAACGUUUUGGUAAUGGCGGCAAAAGUAGAAAUGAUAACAGGCUGAUGUUUCAAAGAUUGUGCAAAAGAGGGCAUACUACCAUGCUUAAUUAUACUGAAUACCAUAAUACCCAUCGUGACAGUGAAUCGAUUUAUAUAGACUAUUUCUCUAUUGCACCCCUAAAUAAAAUGGGUGCAGGUAAUUCAGACAGAGAAAUUUCUCCUUUAAUUUGUAAAGGAAUUUUUAAUGGUAAUACUGUAUCACCACCAAUAUAUAGUUCUACUCCCAAAUUAGAAAUACAAUGUAUGGAUGAUUUCCCAAUAAAUGUAAAGGAAUCUCAUGCCAAUACCAGCAAUGACAAAAGUAUUAAGAAAGACUUUAGAUUUAAUGAAGAAAGCAACGAUGACAGAGAAAACACAAAGGUAAAUUGCAUCAAAAACCAACUAAGGUCUAACAAGAGAAAUUUGAUAAUUCACAAACCUUUAAAAAAUAUAAUAAAUCAUUGUAACGUUGGCGCUCAAAAGAUAAAUAUGUCUACUAUUACCAAUAAAGAAGGAAAUACUCCAGAAAACAAGCAUUUCCAAAUUAGAGCCGGAUUAUCCAAGAAAUACAAAAUCCCAUCUUUACACAAGAAAAUUACUAGAAAAUGA